AUGGCCACCUCCAUCAAGUCCAUCCGAGCUCUUGCUCCCCUUCUUGACCGUGUCCUCGUCCAGCGCAUCAAGGCCGAGACCAAGACUGCCAGCGGCAUCUUCCUGCCCGAGUCCAGCGUCGAGAAGCUCAACGAGGCCAAGGUCCUCGCUGUUGGCCCCGGUGCCAUGGACAAGAAGGGUAACCGCCUACCCAUGGGUGUUGCCGUCGGUGACCGUGUCCUAAUCCCUCAAUUCGGUGGCUCUCCCGUCAAGGCCGGCGAGGAGGAGUUCCAGCUCUUCCGCGACAGCGAGAUCCUUGCCAAGAUCAACGAAUAA